AUCGGUUGUGUUGUUUACACACUCAUUGAGUCAGUGUAGCAGCGAAGAUAAAAAUAGUAAAAUACCCUUCCCAAAAUUUGAAUAUCCCAAUCUUGUCCCUGUACUGUACCCUAUCUUUCUUCCUUCUUUUGAUUCUCGUUACUUACUUUCAGUGUUAUCAACCUUGCAGCCGCCGGAGUCAGAUUACCGUCGCCGUUCAUCCAAAAUGUGGAGGUCAAUACUUGCAAGACAAAGAUGUGCUGUUCUUCGCAACUACAAUGCCAACUAUGGUUCACAAAUUCAGGUUCCUCUCUCUAAUUUGAUUCUAAACCCCACAAAUUCAACAACUUCUAAUUCCUUAGGUUUUCCUCAAAUUUCAUAUCUUUCCAACACUAUUAACAACCCCAGAUUCUUAUCUAAUCAAAUUGCUACCGAAAAUGAUGUUCCAAUUGAUUCAAAAACCGACCUUGAAAAUGGGGAUUUUGCUGUUCACGGAAUUAGGGUAGAAAAUGAUGAUGUUGAUGAAUUUGGUAAUGGGAUAGAAUUAGUGGAGAAAGUUGGAGAAAUUGAUGAGGAACAACAAGUGUAUCAGAUUGAUGAAGAAAAAUUGGAGAAAGUGGUGUCUCUUUUGCAGAGUAGUGCUGAUGGGUCGUUUGAGUCUUCUCUUGAUCAAUUGAAUUUGAGUUUAAAUCAAGAUUUUGUUAUCAAAGCUAUUGAAACAAUUGAAACGGUUUUCGUUGAGAAUCUUGUGAGGUUUUUUAAGUGGGCUUGGAAGGAGAAUUCACUUGAAGUCACUACCCAAGUUGUAGAACCUUUUGUUAUGAUAUGCAACAGUGGUGGUUCGUUAACGGACAAAGAUGUAUACUCUCUUUGGGAUUUGGUGAAGGAAAUUGGGGAGAAAGAGGACGGUGUUGUCAAUGUAACUAUUCUUAAUGAGUUGAUACGUUCAUUCUCGAAAUUGGGAAAAGGGAAGGCUGCGUUAGAGGCAUUUGAAAAAUUUGAGUUGUUUCGAUGUGUACCUGAUGCAGAUACUUAUUACUAUACAAUUGGAGUUCUUUCUAGGAGAUCGGACUUUGAUUUGGCUUGUUCUGUGUGUCAGAAGAUGCUUGAUGCACAGAUAAUUCCUGGUGGUGAAAAAAUCGGCGGAAUACUGUCUUGUCUGUGUAAGGGUGAAAAGGCUAAAGAAGCUCAUGCAGUGUAUACGGCAGCAAUAGAGAAUAAGAAGUAUCCACCUUUGUCUUCUGUUAAUUUUUUAGUAAAAAAUCUAUCUCACAAAAAUGAAACUGUACAACUAGCUUUGGAGGUGUUGAAUGAUAUCCCUACGGAGAGGAGGAGACGCGCAAUCAAGCCGUUUACGGCUGUUGUUCGAGCUUUGUGUAGGAUUAAAGAUGUUGAUUCAGCCAAGGAGUUAGUUUUGAAAAUGAUUGCUGAUGGUCCACCUCCGGGAAAUGCUGUUUUCAAUUUUGUUAUUACUGGUUAUUCCCAAGUGGGGGAAAUGGGAAAGGCUGUGGAGAUGUUGAGGCUACUUGAGAGUAGGGGUUUGAAACCAGAUGUUUACACAUAUUCUGUUAUUGCUAGUGCUUAUUCGAAUAGAGGCGAGAUGGAAGAGGCUAGGAAGAUCUUGGAAGAAGCUAAAAAGAAUCAUUUAAAGUUAAGCCCUGUAAUGUAUCACGCUAUAAUCCGUGGAUAUUGCAAAUUGGAACAAUUUGAUGAGGCUUUGGAGUUGUUGCCUGAGAUGAAGGAUUUUGGUGAACGUGCUUCUGCCCACGAAUACGAGAAGCUGAUCCAGUCUCUCUGCUUGAAGGCUUUGGAUUGGGAAAGAGCAGAAAAACUGCAAGAAGAAAUGAAAGAAAAAGGUUUACAUCUCAAGGGCAUCACUAGGGCCCUAGUUAGAGCUGUUAAGGAGGCAGAAAAGGAGGCCGUGGAGGCUCAAAACGACACUUUAGUGUCCUAAACAUUAUACGGUGUGACGUUGUGACGUUAACGUCAGAAACAUGGUAUUUGUAAUUCUUUUAUUAUUAGGUUAAAAUCUCCAUGCCAAAAAAUACUGAUAGGGGAAAUUUUCUGAAGUGAUUGUGGAUGAGUUUGACAUCUCUUACCGGUCUUUUUUGUUAUAAUCAAACUUAUUAUUUCCUCCA